UUCCAAAACUGUUGACGCCAUUCGGUAUAUAACCAGCGAAACAAGAGGCCAUAAUGUAAUUGCGUCUCGAGCUAAACUAACACUGAAUUUUUAUAUUGAGAAAUUAAAGUUAAUAUUAUUUAAAUAAAUAGAAUUUAUAAUUGUUUGAAAAUAAAAUACAUUUGGUUAUCUAUAUAUUUAUAUUGUAAUCAGCGUUGAAUUUUUUAAAAUAAUUUGCAAUGGGAAAAGGAAAAAAGAAGGGAGGGGGAGGAGGACAAGGUGGUGGUGAACCCAGUCAGGGACAAGGAUCAGCACAAAGACAGGAGCAGCCUCAACAACCUAGACAACAACAAGAUCAAAGUGGUAGAGCUCAACAAGGUCAGCAGCAAGGAGGUAGACCUCAACAAGGUCAGCAGCAAGGGGGUAGACCUCAACAAGGUCAGCAGCAAGGAGGUAGACCUCAACAAGGUCAGCAGCAAGGGGGUAGACCUCAACAAGGUCAGCAGCAAGGGGGUAGACCUCAAGAAGGUCAGCAGCAAGGGGGUAGACCUCAACAAGGUCAGCAGCAAGGGGGUAGACCUCAACAAGGUCAGCAGCAAGGUGGUAGACCUCAACAAGGUCAGCAACAAGGGGGUAGACAACAAGGUCAGCAACAAGGGGGUAGACAACAAGGUCAGCAUCAAGGUGGAAGAUCACAAGAUGGUCAAUACCAAGGAGGAAGACCUCAACAAGGUCAGCAACAAGGCGGUAGACCUCAACAAGGAGGACAAGGCGCAUGGGGACAAUCUAGACCCCAAGAACAACAACAACAACAAGGAGGUAGACCUCAACAAGGAGGACAAGGUGCAUGGGGACAAUCUAGACCCCAAGAACAACAACAACAACCACCUCCAGCAGCAGCAUGGGGUCAACAAAAACAACAACAACAACAACAACAACAGCAAUUAUCUCACCCACAAGCACCUCCAGCACAAGAUACUGCCGGAAUAGCUAAAUCUAUGGAACGCAUAAGCGUAAGUGAACAAGGAAAAGGUGAACCAGGAACUAAAGCAGACAGUGGCCAUCCAUCACGGGCACCUUCAGUUGCUUCGUCAGCAGGCGGAGAUGCUGCUUCCGUCAAGUCUAGCGGCAGUACAGCCGAAGGAACUCCUAAAAAAGAAUCUCCCGGUGGCUUGGAUAAAAAGUCUUUAACAGACAAAGAAAAGAAUCGUUUGAUGAGUCUCAUACCUACCCGUAAAGAUCCUCUCAAAGCCGGAACAAAAGGCAGGAGAAUUCAAGUCUACACCAAUAUGGUGCAAAUUAUUUUCAACAGCAAAUUCAAAGUAAAUGCUACUCACUACGACGUCAAAUUUGAUCCCGACAAGCCGAAAUUUUUGAAGAGACUUGCGUUCAAUAAAUUGCGCGAGGAGAAGUUCCCUAAAAAUUGGCCGGCAUUCGAUGGUCGCGUUAACGCCUACUCCGCAGGAGACUUGCCUUUUGGGAAAAGCAUCACCCACACCGUGCAAGUGUUUGACGAAGAACGUCAGCAAGAGCGUCCUGUCGUAGUGACGAUGGAAAAAGUGAACGUGAUAGACAUGUCAUGGUUACCAAGAGUGUCUCCAGGACUUAGGGAAGAAGAAAAGGAUCAGACUUCGAUCCAAGUUCUUGAUGUUGUGCUUCGUAGCGCCCAAUUUACUCGGUCGAUCCCCGUUGGACGUUCAUUCUUCCAGCAACCAAGAUCCCAAGCUUUCAAUUUGAGCGACGGCAUGGAGCUCUGGGUCGGAAUGUUCCAAUCAGCGGUUCUCGGCUGGAAGCCGUACUUCAAUGUCGACGUUGCGCACAAAGCCUUCCCUAAAUCUAUCAGCGUAAUUGAGGCAAUGAAAGAUCUAUGCGCUGAUCGUCGUACUGGGCCUCCCCGGGAUUUGACUCCUGAUAUUUUGGCCCAAAACUUGGAUAAAAUAACAAAAUAUCUUAAAGGGUUGAAAGUUGUGUUCCAGUUACCCAACAAGCCCAGUACCAGAAGAACUGUUGGAGUUAACGGGUUAGAUAAACCAGCAGAUGAGGCAGUAUUUACUUUGGACAAUGGACAACAAUGCACUGUUGCUAAUUAUUUUGCUGGAUCUAAACAAUACCGGCUUCAGUAUCCAAGAUUACCGUGUCUUUGGGUUGGAUCACGGCAGAAACACGUUCUACUUCCCCCCGAAUUAUGCACAAUUGCCGCUGGUACGGUUACAAACAGAAAAUUAAACGAUGAACAGACUCGUAGGAUGAUUAAAGAAGCAGCUAAACCAGCUCCUGAACGUAAAAAACGAAUUGAAGAAGCGCUGCAUUCAAUUAAUUUCAAUGCUGAUCCAACAAUGCAAGAAUUUGGUAUAUCUUUGAAUGGUCAACUUGAAAAAGUUGAUGCACGUGUGUUAGAUCCGCCGGCACUGCAGUAUGGUGAUAUCAAAAAUGUUAGAGUUCAAAAAGGUGUUUGGCGAGCUUCUAAAUUUUUGACAGCUCAAAACAUCCCGGAAAAUUCAUGGACUAUUUUAAAUUUGUCGCGUUGUCAUGAAGGUUGUCUCAGAGAUUUUGUCAGGAUGCUCCAAGAUUUUGGAAGAAGUAAUGGAAUGGAAAUUGGAAAUCCAAGCACCCCAUUUGCGGUUAUGCCGUUCCGAAAUCCUCGCGACAUCGCCAAUCUCUCACGAACAUUGGAUGGUCUGAAAAAAAAUAAAAUGCAACUCGUGGUUGUCGUGAUUCCUGCAUUCCCUGCGGACGUUUACGCUCGAGUAAAACAACAAGCAGAAUUGCAAGUUGGCAUACUAACUCAAUGUGUCAAAGACCAGACAAUAAGUAAGUGCGUCGAUCGGAACGACAGAUCGACCGCGGGAAAUAUUCUUUUAAAAAUAAAUUCCAAGUUAAAUGGAAUAAAUCAUACGUUCAAUUCUGAUAUAAAACCUGCGUGCUUAAGAGUACCUGCAAUUAUUUUCGGUGCUGACGUCACCCACCCGUCGCCUGAUGCAACUGACAUUCCUUCUAUAGCUGCAGUUGCAGCGAGUCAAGGUGCUGAUGUAUUUAAAUACAACAUUGAAAUUAAAUUGCAACCAGCUCGCCAGGAAAUUAUUUUACAGCUCGAAGAAAUAGUCCUCGAUCAGUUGAAUAUUUUCAAAAAAAAUACUGGCAGAAGACCUGAAAAAAUUUUCUACUACCGAGAUGGAGUAAGUGAAGGCCAGUUUCCUCAGGUAAUGCAUUUUGAAUUGCAAGCUAUGAGGAACGCAUGCAGGCGUUUUGGUCAACCGGAUAAAUACGAACCCAAGAUAACUUUCCUGGUCGUUCAAAAACGUCACCAUAUCCGAUUGUUCCCAGCGGACGGUAGGAAUUCAGAUGAUAGAGGUGGAAAUGUGCAAGCUGGCACAAUCGUCGACACCAAGAUUACCCAUCCCUCACACAUUGACUUCUACCUCGUGUCCCAUGCCAGCAUUCAGGGAACAGCUCGGCCUACUAAAUAUCGUUGCCUCUGGGAUGACAAUGACAUGUCGGAAGAUGAUAUUGAGACCCUGACUUACUAUCUCUGCCACAUGUUCUCCCGCUGCACACGUUCUGUGAGCUACCCAGCCCCAACUUACUACGCUCACUUGGCAGCUUUCCGAGCACGAGCAUUAAUUAGCGGAGUUCCUAUUCAAAUGAACAAUCUGGAGAGGGAACAGAGGACUAAACUGACUUUGAAGCCGGAAUUAGUCAACAACAACCCCAUGUUCUUUGUUUGAUGCCCGCUUCCACUGAUUCUAAGAGACUGUUAUUAUAAUAAUAUGAUUAUAUUAAAUAUUUAUAGAUAUAUAUUAUCGUAUAUUCUAUUGAUAGCUGCUUAUUUAAGAUAUUUUUAUAUUAUAUUUAUAAUUGUCUGAGCUCUCAAGUUGUUAGGAAAAUUGGGUGAUUUUACUAUUUUUUCUUUAUCAUUAUCUAUUAUUUUAUUUUGUUUUUAUUUUUGUCACAAAUGUACACCAAAAAAUAUGUAAUCAAGAGAUAUCAAUAAAUAUUAAUAUUAAUAAAA